AUAAAUAAAGAAUUAAUAAUAAAGAAGAUUAAUAAAAAGAAUUAAUAAUAAAUAUAUAUAAAGAAUUCAAUUUGUUGAAUUUAAAAUGUUCAAUUUAUAUCAGAAUUUAAAUAAAAGAGAUGAUGAUCAUAAAGAAUCAGAUGUCACAGGACAUGAUAGAUUUUGGCAGGAACGUCCGAAAACACGUCGGAAACGUCGUGCUAUCAAUCGAAGAACUCAAAGUGCCAUUGAACUCGAUUCUGAGGCUAUAGUCUCUGCUCGAAGUACUUUUAGUACUUUUAGGCGUGGAAGAAGCGCAAGUAUCGAAGACGAAGAUAGUGACGAAGAAAAGAGUUAUCAAUUUACUAAUAAAAUUGACAAUCUAGCCAAAAUAUUAUUUAGUCGUGUAUCUGCUGCUCGAAGUUGUAAAGACUCUGAUGUUAGGAAUGGAAAACAUAAUUAUACAGAAUUGGGUCACGGAUCAUCUAUUUGUGAAAGUAUGGAAUUUGGCGAAUGUAUGGAAAUGGAGAAGAGGUCCAGGGAUCGUGCCUUAUCAAUUUGUCAAACUUAUAUUUGUAGAACAUCACGUUAUAAUUUCGUUAAACAGUUAAAUAAUCUCGGUUCUAGAAUGGACAAACAUUGGUUCAUAGUCAGAGAUACUUCUUUAAAAACCGAUCGAUUGAUUACGUUAGCUCCAUUGACUAAAAACUGUUUAUUGAAUAUAACUCCAAUGACGAAGAAUGUUUUGAAUGAUUUAUUCUUAGCCCUGCAACAUCCAUACAUAUGCCCUGUAUUUGAUAUCGAUUUUCUUGAAUAUGAUAAUAAAAAUUAUGUAAUUGUAGUUCAACCAAUAAGUCAAGGUAGUCUGAAAGAUUUGAUAUAUGGGAUCGAAAGAACAGGUUGGAAUGAAGAUUGGAAUCAAAAAUAUAGUUCUCAUGGUAAAGGACUUCCUUUACCUCAAGUUCAACAAAUGGGACGUCAAAUACUGGAAGCAUUAAUUUUUUUAAAAGAAAGAGGAUUUCCGACUGUAAUCCAUUUGCAUUCAGGAAAUGUGCUCAUUCAAAAUGGUGUCGCACGUCUCGCUGGUCUUGAAAAUACGCUUCUUGGUUUUACCAGUCGAAUACAUCCAUUAAUUUUUUCUCGAAUAUCACAAACUAUUUCAAUUGACAUGACAUGUUUUGGUCACAUGCUAUUUGAGAUGUGCGCUGGUUACGAAUUACCAUCAUUUAAGCCAAAUUCUGUUCAUCUAUCGGAUAUUGAAAUGUAUCCUCAAGUCAUCGAGUUAUUCAAAUUCAUAUUUGAUGAAUUAUCUAAUCGUCAUAAGAUUAUCGAGGAAAUUCUUGUUCAUGAUUUAUUCAGAAAUAUUGAUCUUCGUGAAAUGCGAAGUGCUCCCGUUACGUUAUUUCGUCCAAUCUUAACGCCGCCCAUUGUAAACUUUCUCGACAAUAUUAAACGACAAAAUGCUAAUAAGAGAAUUAUACAUUUCGAUAGUAUCGACAUUGAUAUGACAUCUUUACAUAGACGAUAUUCCAUUUGUAAAAAUUCUUUACUUGACGAAAUCUAUAACGAACUUUCGAAUACAACUAUAUAAUUAUAAAAAUAUUUAUUUUGUUAUUACUAUUAUUAUAUUCAUAUGUUUCUUUAGAAAAAUUGUUCUAAUCUCUAUUCUA